UCCCGGGCCAGUCCUCCUCUCCAUCCACUGAAAAGCUCUUUACUUUGCGCAUGUACGGCCAAACUGAACAUUGCAUCGACUCCAAGAUGGCGUUAACACGUCUGGCUUGCAUUCUGGUCCUCCUCUCAACUCACUGCUACUUCAACGUGUUGGCAGUGAUUCUGAGAACAACGAAUGAUGCGCCAUGGGCCAACGAGUUUGAAUCUAUCGAAUUGUCCUGUUUGAUAGAGUCCAUCUCCACAAACGACCCCAGAAUCGAAUGGAAGAAAAUUAAGGAUGGGGAGCCCAGUUAUGUCUACUUUGAGAAGAAGAUCUCAGGAGAUUUGGAGGGCAGAGCAAGGAUCAGAGAGCCUGCAACAUUAGUGAUCACCAAUGCCACAAGAUCAGACUCAGCCAGUUAUCGUUGCGAGGUCACCGCCCCAAUUGACCAGAAAACCUUUGAUGAGAUUUUGAUCAACCUCGUCGUAAGAGUGAAGCCAGUGGUGCCAAAGUGUGCUGUCCCCAAAUCGGUGCCCGUAGGGAAGGCGGCGGAGCUGCGCUGCGUAGAGGACGAAGGAUUCCCCAAGUCUCAGUACCAGUGGUUCCGCAACAAGGAGGAGAUCCCCGAUGACCCCAAGACUAGCCCCAAGUUCUUCAACUCCUCCUACACGCUCAACGCCGAAACUGGCACCUUGAAAUUCAGUGCUGUCAGAAAGGACGACUCAGGAGAGUACUUCUGCCGAGCAAAGAACGACGCGGGUCACUCAGAAUGUGGACCGCAGACAAUGGAAGUCUAUGACAUCAACAUUGCCGGGAUCAUCCUGGGAGUGCUGGUGGUGGUGGUGGUGCUAUUGUGUAUAACAGUGGGCAUCUGCUGUGCGUACAAGCGAGGCUAUUUCGUCAGCCAGAAACAGACAGGAAACAAUUACAAAGCCCCAGCCAAAGGAGACGGAGUGGACUACGUCAGGACAGAGGACGAGGGCGACUUCCGACACAAAUCUUCAUUUGUCAUCUGAAGAGGAAGACGAAGGGCAUGGAAGUGAAAGGUGUGAUACUUUGGACUGAACUCACUAAGUGUGUGAGAUGACCAGUGAGCUGCCACAGUACGUGCCUUGAGCUCUCAGCACGUCUGAAACGAUUCAAAUUUGCCAAAGGUGACAAGUUUUCACAAAUCUAUAUAGAACUAUUAACCAUCGUUACAGACAAAGUAUUGAAACCUGCUUGUUGCCCCUUUUAUCACCAAACAACUUAUUUUGCUAAAUUAUGGAGAUUUUUAUGUUACAGUUAUCGCAUGUUUUAAAAAGGCUUUUAACACUAUCUGCUGGAAAAAAGCAUUUAUGUAAGAUGUUCUGCCAGGAGGGAAAAACGUCAAGCUAAAUUCUGAAGUAAAUCUAACAUGACACAUUUCUACUUUAAACAUUUGCUUCAAACCUUUGUCAUUUAUAUAACUUUUUUUUUCUACCAGCAAAAUUUGUCAGACUAUUUUUGAUGGAAUAUAUUUUGAAAUGCCUAUAGAUAAAGGUUUACUUUUUUAAAUAUUUGUAAAAUACUAGCAUACUUUUUUUAUUUGGUUGUGGGAAAAAUAUUUAACAGUUUCAACCACUCAGUAUUCAGCUGUAAAAAUCCACCUUUCUGAUCAAAAAAAUAAUAAUAUGCAAUUACAAAAUGACUUGGAUUAACAUAUCAAGGUUUGGUUCUAGAAUGGUCUUACAUAUUUUAUUUACUGCUGGGAUUUCCAUGUUAAUAUUGAAAGAAAGUUAAAUGUUGAUGCUUGUAGAUAGUUCUUGGACAGUAAGAGGCUUCAAUGAGUACCAGCCAAAAGCUGGGAAAUACUGUACACAAUCAGUGCUGCUUCUUGAUUUUAAGUGUCCUUCUAUGCUUGAGUUUAUCUUGUAUAUAUUGAAUAUACUGUCCAGUUUUUUGUUGUUGCUGUAUGUCAGGAAUAUUUUGAGUAUUUGUAAUACAGGGUAGGGUUUAUGUUGGCUAACAAUUGUAUAUAAAUAACUGUUGGUGUGUCGUCGUCGUCGUCC